AUGGCUUCUAUAUUUUUCGGCUUGCUACUCCUGCCGUUGGUUACAGCAAAGGCUCCAUACGCGGAGUACAUCUUAGCACCAAGCUCGCGAGACGUGACUCCAGAAUCAGUUCGUCAAGUCAACGGCUCAGUUACAAACCCCGAAGCUUUGACACAAUCAUCCGGUGAAAGUACUACUUUUCAUGGUGUUUCUUCAGUGACAUAUGACUUUGGGAAGAACGUCGCCGGUCUCGUCUCCGUUGACAUUGGCGCGUCCUCAUCCUCAUCCGCCUUCAUUGGGGUGACGUUUACCGAGUCCAGUCUUUGGAUUAGCCACGAGGCAUGUGAUUCUACUGCCAAUUCUGGCCUUGACACUCCGCUAUGGUUCCCUGUUGGUCAGGGAGUAGGAAAAUAUACUCCUGACCUCCAGUACCAGCGGGGCGCCUUCCGCUACUUGACGUUAGUAAGCAACACGACUGCUACAAUAUCAGUUGACUCUGUCCAUAUAAUCUUCACAGCAGCGCCGACCCAAGAUCUUCAGGCAUACACUGGAUGGUUCCACUCGAAUGACGAACUGAUCAACGAGAUCUGGUAUGCUGGUGCUUAUACAAGCCAACUAUGCACUAUUGAUCCGAGAUACGGCGAUUCUUUAGUGGACCUUAGUCUCUCAUCAACAGCCAAUAUAACAUUACCACAGACAGAAGUUUGGUACAGCAACUACACAAUAGCAAAUGGAAGCAGUACCAUCACCGACGGUGCCAAGCGUGACAGGUUGGUAUGGCCUGGUGAUAUGGCCAUUUCCCUCGAAGGCAUUGCAGUCAGCACUGGAGAUCUGUACAGUGUGCAAAUGGGUCUAGAGUCAUUGUUAGUACUGCAACAGGCUGAUGGUGAGCUACCCUGGGCAGGGGUACCAUUUAAAUUGCCGAGCUACACAUACCACCUACACAGCUUGAUCGGGGUAUCAUACCUAUACCGGUUCUCUGGAGACAAGGCCUGGCUAUCUAGGUACUGGGGUCAAUAUAUUCGCGGGAUCCAGUGGGCCCUGUCUUCAGUUGACAGCUCUGGCUUGGCAAAUGUGACGAUCGGCAAUGAUUGGCUUCGGGCUGGCAUGGGUGGCCAUAAUAUCGAAGCGAACAGUAUUUUAUACUUUGUGCUACAGCAGGCUCAGAACCUAGCUGAAGAUCUAGGCUAUACCUCCCACAAUUCCAAUUGGAGCGCUAUCGCUGCGAAAUUGAAAUUAGCAGCCAAUACACUCCUUUGGGACGAUGCUGUUGGGCUAUACAGGGAUAACGAAACUGCCACACUCUACCCACAAGAUGGGAAUGCCUGGGCUAUUAAAGCGAAUAUCACUUCAGACGCUCAAAUUAAUAAAGUUUCAAGUGCUCUCAAAGCACGCUGGGGAACUUAUGGCGCACCCGCCCCAGAAGCAGGAAUAACCAUCUCACCAUUCAUCGGUGGCUUUGAGCUGCAAGCGCACUACAUCGCCGGAGAAGCUCAAAGCGCAUUGGAUCUGAUACGCUUACAGUGGGGCUUCAUGCUGAAUGAUCCUCGAAUGACUCACUCCACUUUUAUUGAGGGUUACUCGACCGAUGGAUCGAUUCACUACGCUCCAUAUGGCACUGUAGACUCGCGCAUUUCACACGCGCAUGGCUGGUCAACGGGCCCGACAUUUGCGUUGACUGCCUAUUCCGCAGGGAUUCAGCUGAUAGGAGCAGGCGGUUCUAGCUGGCUCAUUGCACCGCAACCGGGAGACCUGACUUUAGUUGAUAGUGGGCUGACUACUUCUCGAGGAGUGUUUUCGAUCUCAUACCAGCGGGACUCGGAUGGAUCAUAUCGGGAACUGUCAUUCAAGACACCCUCUUCCACCAUUGGGGCGGUAAAACUACCCGGUGUUAACGGUAUAUUGGUUUCAUCAACUGGGCAACGCAUUAAGUUUGUAAAUAGUGUUACCGGACUUCGUGGUGGAAACUGGAAGCUGCAACUAAAUUGA